AUGCCUGGACCAGAUUAUGCUACAAGAUUUUUAAAAAGACACCAAAAUUCCAUUUCUUUGAGAAUGUGUCAAAACAUAAAAAAGUCGAGGGCUCAAGUUUCACCCGAUACAAUUAACGAAUACUUUCAGGAGUUAGAGGAAUCCCUGAAAGAAAUUGAUCCAAAAAAUAUAGUUAACUAUGAUGAAACGAACCUCAGUGAUGACCCUGGACGCAAGAAGGUCAUAGUGAAAAGGGGAACUAAGUACCCUGAAAGAGUCCUUAAUCAGUCGAAAUCUUCAAUAUACAUAAUGAUGGCUGGUACAGCUGCAGGAGAGCUACUGCCUCCAUAUGUAAUUUAUAAGGCCAACAACAUUUAUGACACUUGGACUACAGGCCGACCUAAAGGUACACGCUUCAAUAGAACUGCAUCUGGAUGGAUUGAUGGCAGUACUUUUGAAGAUUAUAUUAAGUCCAUUAUUAUUCCAUUCUUUAAAGAUAAAUCGGGAAAUAAAGUUAUGAUUGGUGACAAUUUAUCAUCUCAUUUAUCAAUAGAAGUGAUUAGAAUGUGUGAACAACACAAUAUUUCAUUUAUAUUUCUACCAGCAAAUUCCACCCAUUUAACGCAGCCCCUAGACAUAGCUUUCUUUAGGCCUAUGAAAAUUGCUUGGAGAAUCAUUUUACUGAAAUGGAAAAAAACAGAUGGCAGAACCCAAGCUUCAGUACCGAAAGGAUGCUUCCCAAGACUUUUAAAACUACUUAUAAAUGAAUUAUCAGAGAAUGUUGAGACAAAUCUUAAAGCUGGUUUUCGAAAAGUAGGUAUUAUUCCUGUUGAUUGCAAUCAAGUCCUAUCAAGACUCCCAAGUAACGAAAAUGAAGACCCAGAUAAAUCAAGAUAUGCUGUUGACAAAUUAGUCUUACAAAUACUUAAAGAAAUGAGAUAUGACACAAUGAACAUUAAGGAACCAACACGUAAACGAAAAUUACAUGCAGAAUCUGGAAAAAGCUUAAGAAACAUUGAUGAUGAUAAUUUAGAAAGUACAUCCGAACACGAAAUUACGAAUAAGAUAGUAAAAAUAUGUAAACAAGGCAACAAAAAAAAGAAGGUAAUAGUUAUUCCUGGAAAAUCAGUUAAUAUCGAUCCCGAAAGUAAUGACUCCGAAAACAAAGAAAUUGAAAACACUGACCCUGAAAAUAUAUUGAUACAUAAAUCUACGAAGAAAAAAGAAGUGCUACAACUAAUAGACAAACUAAAAAAUGACUUGAUGGACAAAGAUAGGACAGAAUCUAAAAGAAGUAUGUUAAAUUCUGAUAAAAAGAAUGAAGAAAUAGACAUAAAUCGACUACCUCUAGUAUGCGUGGAUGAAUAUGAUAUUAUCAAUAAUUCUCAAGAAGAUGAAGAACUACUUAUUAACAACUACAUUGAUGAAAGUGUAUCUAGCAUAGAUUACUUACCUAAUAUAGAAACAGAAGAAAUAUUUAGUGAAAUCAUAGAUCCGCUACAGGGUGAGAUGUGUGAAAAUGGCAACAGCAAGGUUUUAGAAAAAAACGAAGAGAAAAAAGUCGAAGAUAAAAAAAUUGAAAUUAUUUCUGUAGAAAAAGUGGAGAAUGCUAGAUGUGGGGUGAAUCUACGUAAAUGUAAAAAAAUACCUUUAAAUACCGUAAUUAACAUAAAAAAAGAAAAAACUCAACGCACUAAAAAUAUGAAAGAAGUACCUGUACGACGAGGAAGUUAUUACAAAAAUGAUGCCGAUAUUUUAAGAGAUUUGACCGAUAACAAUUUUUAA